AUGGCCCCCAGCAAUAUGUUGGAUCCUGCCUCAGAGGACUUCAAUGAAACGCGGCCAAGCUUCUACAUCGGCCAACAUGACUCUGAGCGGCUCGUCCCACUGAACGACGAUCAGUAUAAUCAGGUUCUCACUGCCGGCUUUCAUUUUGUCACCAGUCCCAUCACAAACAGCCAUUUCCGGGAGCGUGUGGUCAGCCUUUGGCGUUCCUAUCUCUCUGAAGCUAACAAUCAUGGCCUGUCCGAGGAGGAGAAAUCCAAUCCCUCACUGCCAGGCCCCAUCGUUCCGACCCUUACCGACAAGGACACGGCGCUUUUCCCUGGAGAUGACAGCUCUACCAGUGUAGCUUAUUCAAGCCCCUGGAUCGAUCUUUGCUCAGAAGAUCCAGUAGUGGCAAGCAUCUCUCGUCAGGUUCUCAACCUGGAAGUCGCCUAUGCCAACUUCUGUGGCGUCCGCAGUGUCAUUGUCCCAGGGCCAAGGAGAGACGAGAGUGGCUGGCAGAUCUCUCAGUAUGCUCGAGCGAUCCAGGAGACUUUUCUGAUUGCGACAAGGAUCAACCUCAUCAUUCACAUGCCCAUGUAUCGAGAGCCUGGUCUGGAAGAGAAGGAGCCAUUGUUCUCCGGCCGUGACAUCCAGGAAGAGAUCUCUGAAGGCGAGAUCGACAUCUUCAGUGCAUGGGAUAGCUGGCACACCAUUCGUACCGUGUGCGACUACAACAUUAGGUUGUACGUGGAGACAACAGCUGUUCGAAUUCCUCGACGGCUCCCUGAACGAGAAUUGCAGACUCGUUGGUUUGCGGAGCCGCUUCAUUAUCUAACCCUCGGACCAAACACUUUCCAAACCAACGGUGCUGGCUUUCCAUCCCUGACACGCUACCACCAGGAGAUGAUCAACAUGUAUAUGAGACUCAAACAAGCACCCUGGAUGAUUCUCUACGACGUGGGCCCAUCCCAAGACGAACUGAGCAAGAUUGUUGGUGGCACCGCUUCGACUACUGACUUCCCUACGCUCGCCGAGGCACAGUCUAUCCAGGAGCAGCCGCAGAGCCGGAUGAAUGCGCAUGUGUCUUACAUGCGAUACCUUGAACGGCAGCAGCCUCCACACACCGCUCUGGAGAGCCCUGCACUGACCAGCUUCCAGGACUGGCUUCAGUCCCCGCUUCAACCCCUGGCAGACAACCUCGAAUCAUCGACCUACGAGACUUUCGAAGGUGACCCGGUCAAGUACGACCAGUACGAGAAGGCCAUCACCGAGGCAAUGGCGGAGUGGAAGGCGCUGGGGAAGCCCACAUCCUCCCUCCAGCAAGACGGUGCCCCUCAACAAGAGCUCAUCGUGGCCGUGGCUGGUGCCGGUCGUGGCCCGCUUGUCACGCGAGUACUGCGCGCGAGUGAGAAGACUGGCAUGCCUAUCCAGCUCUGGGCUCUCGAGAAGAACCAGAAUGCGUACGUCUAUCUGCUGCGGCAGAAUAAACAGGUCUGGGGUGGUAAGGUCAACGUCAUCCAGACCGACAUGCGGGAGUGGAACGGGCCGGUCGCUCGAGGACAUACAGAUCGCACCACUCCCGUGGACAUUCUUGUGACCGAGCUACUUGGGUCGUUUGCCGACAAUGAGCUUUCUCCAGAAUGCCUCGACGGAAUUCAGAGGCACCUGGCCCGGCCUCACGGUCUAUCCAUCCCCCACUCCUACACCGCCCAUCUCAGUCCCAUCUCCUACCCCAAGAUCUACGCGGACCUCAGCAGCAGGAUUGUCGGCGACCCGAACGCAUUUGAGACGCCCUGGGUCGUUCUUCUGUUUGCCAUUGACUUUGUCUGCCAGAAAGCCCCAGGGCAUCACCGCUUCCAACAGGCGUGGGAGUUUGUGCACCCCGUCCGCCUGCCGUUUGUAGAGACCUGGGAGGAGGGCCAUGGGCGACGCAAGGUGCAGCGCGGUGGCGGCGGUGCCAUGAAUCUCUCGGCUGGUCUGAACGAACACAAUGCUAGGCAGUGCCAUCUGACGUUCGUCUGCCGAUCCCGAGGUGUCAUCCAUGGUCUGGCUGGCUACUUUGAAUCUGUCUUGUACAAGCCGCAAAUGCCAGACAAGGAGCUGGUCGAGAUCAGCACGCUGCCUGAGCAGAUCGACAAGAAGAGCAAGGAUAUGAUCUCCUGGUUCCCUAUCUUCUUCCCCUUGAAGAAACCCCUCUACUUCCCUCCCGACAGCGAGCUGGAAGUCAGCAUGUGGCGGCAGACUGACGACACGAAGGUGUGGUAUGAGUGGAUCGUCGAGGCGUACAUGUGGGUUGGCCCAAAGACUCGGGUCAAGGUGGGAGCCUCCGAGAUGCAUAGUAGCCGGAACGUGGCGUGUUUGAUGUAG